AUGCAUAUUCACUAUAUAUGCCACGGAAUACUGCCAGAGGGACAACGCUUGCUUUUACAAAACAGCGGCACGCGGACCGGUGAGGAGCGGUGCCCGCGUCACCUGCCCGGGGAGCGGCAGCGUGCUGGUGUGCGGCUCGGGAAGCUGCUCCGUGCUCUGGAAAGGCUCCCUGGCUGGAACAUCGGUCCCGGAGCCCCGCGGGUCCCGGAGCCCCGCGGGUGCCGUACCCCUCAGGGCCCGUACCCCUCAGGGCCCGGGGCCGCCCCGUGCGGCUGCGCUGGGGCUCGCGGCCGCCAGGCGGCGCCGCCGCGCAGCAGAGGCCGCGCGUGCGCCGUGCGGCCCCGCGGCGCGGCCAUGGCGGAGCGGGAGCGGGACGGGCCCGGGCGAGCGGCGGGCGGCGGGAAGAUGUCCCUGCACAGGUGUGAAACCUGUAGCAAAGAAGAAGCUAAGUACAGAUGUCCACGAUGCAUGAAAUAUUCGUGCAGCCUCUUGUGUGUAAAGAAACAUAAGCUUGCACUGAGCUGUAAUGGAGUCAGGGAUAAAACAGCAUUUGUCUCUGUAAAUGAAUUUACAGAUUUGAACCUUCUGAGUGAUUAUCGUUUCCUGGAAGAUGUAGGAAGGACAGCUGAUGCUGCUGCUCGACGUUGUAUUGUGCACAGUCCAGCAACAAAAAGACUUUUAUACUGCUUGAGGAACAAGGCUCGAGGGUGUAAUAUUGACCUAAAAACACUGCCUAUUGGAUUCACAAAAAGAAGAGAAAAUUCUACCACCUUCAAUUUCGUGGAGAACAAGUUCUACUGGCAUUUGAAGCUCGUAUUUCCUCACUGUCAUGCUGAAUACACUUUAAAAGGGGUGCCUGACGAUAAAACGCUUGCUGAUAUCCUCAAGCCAUACAUUGAUCCAGUGGAGUCAGAUCCUGUAGUUUGUCAAAGAUUAAAAAUCUAUACAGCAUCUCCUCAAUCAGAUGUACGAAUUUUAAUGAAAAUAGAAAACAGGAGCCGAAACUCUGUCAGGUACAAUGAACUGGAUGCCAACAGAAGCCUUCUAGAUAAUCUGAAAGGCAAAGUAAUAAUUGAGUAUCCAACAUUAUUUGUGGUCUUGAAAACAAUGAAGAAUGACAUGGUGGUCCUUGGCCAAGAUGGCAGUGAGCCUGCAGAGAACUCAGACAGUGAAAGCUCAUCCCUUUCAUCUGCGGAGGAAGGGGAGAUUCAGGACAGUUCAUGACAGUUCUUUGAGAGAACAGGAUGGAAUGAGCUUUUAUUUUUUUAAUUAUUUAAUUAAAUUUUUUUUUACAACUAAGUUCCUAGAGGUUUGACUUAACUUCCUUUACUAAAGGUAGCACUUUCAAAGUGCUUGACUAUUUUUGGAUUUAAUAAUGCAUAUUUAGAGAUGUAAAUAAAAAGAUGGGGGAUUGUGGUUUCAGAAAAAAAAUACUAUUCUAAUUUAAUUGCAGUCUUUAAUUGCACCAUUGUUUUUCCUUUUUCCCUAACCAGCUCAGUGCCAAAUGUUUUGGUUUAAAUAUCUGAUCACAUAUUUGUAUUUAUAUGUUGAUUUGAGUCUUAAUGCUUAAAUUUAUUGGACAAAAAAAGUACAGGUAUUUCAUUAGAUCAGUUUCCUUUUACAGUAUUUCUGUGUAACACUGAGCUACUUUUGAUCUUCUCUGGUGACAUUUUGGGUGCUUGAUGCAAUACUAGUUUUGUUGGGGUUUUUUUUGUUGUUGUUCUUUACUUGGUUGCAUCUUGUUCCAUGUGUUAAUGGAGAGGUCAGACUGUGUUUUUAUGUUGCAAGUGUGUUUAGUCUUUUCUCCAGGUCUUCUAAAUUAGCAUGAGUUUUUAAAUCCAUAGAAAUGGAUGCAUAGACUGGCACUAAUGCAAAUAACACUGGACUUCUAAAGAGUGCCUGUGUUAUGCAUCUCAUAUUCCUAGUACCUACUGCACUUAGUUAUUUUAAAUAUUUACUGGCAUAUCAGCUAAAUUUACCUACUUAAAAGCAAAUAAAUUGUAAAGGAAAAGAAA